AUGUCACAUUCGCGCUGGAUAACAACUGCUAACCGUAUUCUUAGAUUAUAUGUUGCUGUUCAAAAUCCGUCAACGGCAUUAAAAGUGUUAGCUCAGUAUGUGAUGAAGGUAUAUGCUCCUAGUUGGUUUGAAAUAAAGCUGAAACCUACCAAUAAAACAGGAUCAAAUCAUUUUUUUGGAAUUAUUAAAAAGUGUCGUUAUUUACCUGAAGAGUUAAAAAAUUUAUUAAAUCCGGUUUUACAAAGAAAUGCUUAUUUUGCUCAUCCGGAAAAUAUUCUGUUAUCGAUGUUGGCUGAUGAACAAAAGCACAUAAGGGAAUUAGCUUUAAGGCGGAUAUUAAAAUGCAGAGCUAAUGAUGCCACUCUAAAUACUGUUCGAGUCUUCAAAGUUCCAAAGCUAAACUUUGAUGCGAUCAACUAUUACGACAUGAUCGAUUGGCAUGCAACCGAGAUCACAGAGCCACCCUUUACAAAAGAUAUCACAACUGAAGCUUUAGAACAGAUGAUAAUGGAUAUUCCUAAUAACAUUGAAUUUUUGAAGUUGCCUUGCCAUACUCAGGCAGUAGAAAGAAUGAUAAAAUUAGUUACAGAAGCGUCACUUUCAGUUUGUGGAGAAAAAGCAAGAGAUGGCUUUAUUCGUACUAAACUUGCAUCUCAAAAUGAUAUACCAAAAUUUGAAACUAAAAAACACUUCAUUAUUUAA